AUGGCUCAGGAGAAAGAGAAGCACCACUUCCACUUGUUCCAACACAAGGAGGAGGAUUCAUCUGAGGUUGACUAUGAAAAGGAAGAGAAGGAGCACAAGCACAAGGAGCAUUCUUGGCGAGUUUGGUCCCUGCCGCCGGUGCCUUCGCCUGUGCAUGAGAAGCAUAAGGCAAAGAAGGACCCCGAGCACGCGCACCACCACAAGCUCGAGGAGGAGAUCGCCGCCACGGUUGCGGUCGGCGCCGCGGGCUUCGCUUUCCAUGAGCACCAUGAAAAAAAAGAUGCACACAAGCACCAGAAUUAUGAGUGA